GGAGUCUAAAGGUGGGAAGGGAGAAGAAAGGGGAGAGGAGGAAAACGGUAAAAGGCACAUAGAACAGAAACGGGGGGAGAUCGGUGGAUGAUUUACGCUUUCAAAUUCGCAUUACAGCCACUUGAAGAGUCGCGGCGAAGAGGAACAGAACAAAAUGAUAACGCCUUACUUCCUAGAAAAUUUCUGGGGAGAAAAGAACAAUGGCUUUGAUGUGCUGUACCACAACAUGAAGCACGGGCAGAUUUCCUCCAAGGAGCUGACGGACUUCAUCAGAGAAAGGAGUGUCAUUGAAGAGGCCUACGCCAGGUCCAUGACCAAACUCGCCAAGUCAGCUGGCAACUUCUCUCAGCUGGGGACCUUUGCACCAAUGUGGGAUAUCUUCAGAAGCUCAACGGAGAAACUGGCCAGCUGUCACAUGGACCUAGUGAGGAAGCUGCAAGAGCUUAUAAAAGAAGUGCAGAAAUACGUGGAAGAACAGGCCAAAGCACACAAGAAGACAAAAGAAGAAGUGGCACCGACCCUGGAAGCCGUCCAGAGCAUCCAGUCCAUCUCUCAGUCUCUUCAGAAGUCCAAGGAGAACUACAAUGCCAAAACCGUGGAGCAGGAGCGGCUCCGCAAAGAGGGGGCCACCCAGCGAGACGUGGACAAGGCCGGAGUGAAAGCCAAAAAAGCCAUAGAGACCUACAAGUCAUACGUGGAGAAGUACGCUUCAGCCAAGUCCGACUUUGAACAGAAGAUGGCAGAAACUUCACAGAGAUUCCAGGACAUCGAGGAAAACCACAUUCUCCACCUGAAGGAGAUCAUCCGCUCAUACUCGCAGUCUGUGGAGGAAACGCACGUUCAGAUCGGAGAGGUGCACAAUGAAUUUGUGAGGAACAUCGAGAACACUUCAGAGGAGAGCUUAAUACAAAAACUGUCUGAGAGCAAAGGAACAGGCAAGGAGAGGCCAGGACCCAUCGAAUUUGAGGAAUGCAACACGGCCAUCGCAACAGAAGGUGCCAAACCCAGAAAGAGGAAAACGUUUGGCAUUCCCGGCCGCAGGAAAGACAAGGACACGGACUCGACUGAGUCGACAGAAGUCGAAACUGCUAACACUGCCAAUGGUGCUCCCCCAGGAUAUUACGGCUCCAUAGACAUCCAGAAUGCUAACGUGCCUCAAGUCGACGCCGAGGGAUUCUGCAUCAGACCAGAAGUGAACGAAAACCAUCCCAAAGACAACUCCUUCUACUCGUCCAGCGACUCCGAGGACGAGGACGAGCCCAGGAAGUUCCACGUGCAGAUCAAGCCCGUCCAGCCCAACAACGGCACGCAUCAGAACCGGGCCAACAUCGACGAGCUCAAAGCCUCCAUCGGAAACAUCAUCCUGUCGCCCUCCGCCUCGGGACAAAUGCGGAGGAACCAGUCCAGGUUUACUGGAGUAUCUACCUUAAGAUCUAAGGCUAAGGAUGACGAAUUAGCAAAACCCAGAGGGUCAACGCCAUUCGAGCUGAGCAACAACGACCUUCUGUCUCUGGAUCCGCUGAACUCUGCUGCAGGAGUCGGGUCCUCCUCCUCUGUGUCGUCCACAGCAGUCGACACUGUGAGCCGCUUUACCCCAGUGGCAGAGCGACAGCAGUCCAAAGAUGUCUCCUCUUUCUCCUCAUCCACCACCUCUCCCUGGGAUUCCCCCGAAAACACUUCCCAAGGGCUGAGGCCUGCGCCGGUGAGGGCCCAGAGUGCCCCCAUCACCCAGCCCACCGAGCCAAUCGACCCCGUCAAAAGCCCGACCGCCGCCAGCCCCCCAAAGACCCUGAAGUCCGUUGACAGCUUCUCCUCUGUGUCCUGGUCUCAGAGCCAGUGGAUUGCUUUCGGGGAUAGGUCCGCUCUGCCUUGCCGUCACGGCUCAGGCUCUUCCGUAGCGGAGGUCCAGAAGGCUCCGGCUGGCGGCUUCGGCAGGGCGAGCCGCUUCCUGUCGGACGAGUCUGCAGAUGCUUUCUGCAAAGCAGCAGCUACGGGGGUCAGAGAGGACAGUAGUGUCUGUUUCGCUGACGUCUUCUCUGAUAGGACAGUAGCAGCAGCCACAGCAUGCAAAGUAUUUCAUGGUAACAUGCCAGUACCAAACCGACCUACGACCCCUCUGGCGGCUGGAGCCCUCGUCCCACCACCUCGUCCUUCGUCCAGACCCAAACUCCCCACCGGAAAACUCACGGGAAUCAAUGAAAUUGUCCGGCCUUUCAGCCCACCCAAAGCAUCCAACGCCAGCCCCCCUCCGACGGCACCGCUCGCCCGGGCCGAGAGUUCUUCCUCGCUGUCUUCGAACGCCUCGCUCAGUGCCGGGAACACUCCCACCGUUGGAUCUGAACACACUUUUGCUCCUCCCCUCUCCUGCUCAGGGUCUGACCUCAGCAACUUUUCUCCUCAUGUGCUUCUAAACCAAAAGGACGAUGGGUUUGUAGCCAAGCUGCCCGCCUUUGAGAAGCGGUGUGAAGCGCCAGCAGGGACGUCUCGCGGUCCGAGUCCUGUGACCCUGGCAUCCCAAGAUGCCUUGCCCAUCGCCGUGGCCUUCACGGAAACAGUUAAUGCUUACUUCAAAGGAGCUGAUCCUGCCAAGUGCAUCGUGAAGAUCACCGGCGACAUGACGCUGUCGUUCCCCAUGGGCAUCAUCAAGGUGUUCACCACCAACCCCUCCCCGGCCGUCCUCACCUUCAAGCUGAAAAACACCAGCAGGCUGGAGCAGAUCCUGCCAAACCAGCAGAUCCUAUACAGUGAUCCUUCCCAAAGCGACUCCAACUCCAAGAACUUCUGGUUCAACAUGCAAGCCCUGACGUCCUACCUCAGAAAAGCCUCCGAGCAGAAUCCGUCGGCCUCCUACUACAACGUGGAGAUCUUAAAAUACCAGGUGCUGUCCGACGGGAUCCAUUCGACUCCUCUGAACCUGGCCGUGUACUGGAAGUGUACACCGAGCACAACAGACCUGCGGCUGGACUACCGCUACAACCCGGAGUCCAUGGACUCGCCCGGACCGCUCACCAACGUACAAGUCCUGGUUCCCGUCGACGGGGGUGUCACCAACAUGCAGUCUCUACCCAACUCCGUAUGGAAUUCAGAGCAGAGCAAGUGUCUUUGGAAGCUGAGCGACAUCUCGGAAAAGACUGAAAAUGAAGGCGCCGGCUCUCUGCGGGCCAAGUUUGAGCUCUCGAAUGGCCCGUCGAACCCGUCCACUUUGGCGGUCCAGUUCAUGAACGAGGGCAGCACCCUGUCAGGAGUCGACAUGGACCUGCAGGGGACUGGAUACAGACUUUCGCUCAACAAGAAGAGAUUUGCCACGGGUCGCUACAUGGCAGACCUCUGAGGUGACCCCGGCGCCGUCUCAUCUCCGAUCAAAAGAAAAAUCGAAGCGUCCCGAUUCGCCGGAGCACUUAUGCCCACGGUUUCGCGCAGGAAGCCAGAAUCUCACUACAGUAAAACAGCACUGAGUAAAGAACACUGUUUAAAGAGAAAACUAAAAGAAAAAAAUGAAACUCAGAUGAGCUUUCAGGAAAAUGUGUAAAUAUGAAGUCUAAUAAUGCUUUCCGAUCAAUUAUGUACAGAGACAGUUUAUUGAUUCGCCAUAAAUUUAUAUUGUAAUUGAAAUUUAGAGAAAAAAAAGGAAAAAAAAAAACAUGCACUAACAACUUUUCCAGGAGCUAUUUUCCCUCUUGUACUCGUUUCUAAGAGCCUAAGGAGUAUGGAAUCUUUUUCUUUCUUUUUUUGCGUGCUGAUGAGUUGAAAAGCUCUCACCGAACUGUAAAUAAUAACUCCCAAAAUCGGCUCUCCUUUUUAAACGUGUGCAAUGAAGCAAUGAAGGUCGAUUCUGUCUCCAGUAGGACUCUCACACUUGUGGCACAAACUUGGAUCUUAAAUUGUUCUUGUGCUCUCAGAAAAUGCAAAAAAAAAAUAAUAAAAAUAAAAAAUCCAACCUCAGUGCCUGAUCUUGUACUGUGGAACAGAAGUUAAAUAACAAAGAGAAAACUGCCUCCAUGCAUUUCCAGAUCUCCCUGGGUUUGUCAUUUGUAAAACAGAUCCUGUUGACGUUUUUUGAUGAACCUUAAGUGCUGACGUUUUCUAAAACGGGAGUCUCCAAAUCAUCUGUGAAACACUGUGGCGAAUGUUGGAGACUUAAAAACAAAAAUCGAGGGACGUUGAACCAAAUUUAACUUUGCCGCCUUGAAAAAAAAAAAAGUGCCUAAAUCGGGUUUUUAUUGGUUUUUAGUUUUCUUUUUCUACUUGUUUUGUAUUCCGCAGCACAGUUAAUGAGAAAAGCACCGACAAUGUGCCCGGUGUGGUAUUUACUCCUUUAUUUGGAUACUGAAGGGAAAAUGUCGCCUCGUUUUAGUCUCGACUGUCUUCCGGAAAUAUGUGUCUUCUUCGCCUUCUUUGGUUGAAAACAAAACGUUCAUUUGGUUCGUUCUUUAUCGAGUACGUGUUGUCGGGUUUUUAGCUAGUAGCAUCACCACCGGGCUAAAAAAAUACCGCGGCUUAUCUAGCGUUGUCGACGCUGUGACGCCAUGCUGCCAUUAAACCUGCGAUGGACUGAAAGUCUGUGAGCAGAAAAAAAUUUUAAAAAGUCGCCACGUUUUAAAUCUUGGUGCUUUAGUACAACCUUUUUCUAACAAAUGGUUCCCGCUUCAAAGUUCUUUUUUUACUUCCUGGUGGAGAAUUUUUAACUCCUAACUUUUUGGCUGAGGUCAUCCGUGUGGUCGUCCUCAGAUUUGGUAGUGAUUCAAAGCGAGUUCGCUUUACGCUGUAGCUAUUUCACAUCUCCGACAUGAGGAAUAAUCACAAGCUCUCUUGGACUUUAUACCGAAAACCGUUGCGGUCCUCAGCGAUGUUUAUCAAUGACUUAUCGGCAUAUCGACGAUAAAUCCACCAGGCGUCUCUGUUUUAAAGCUGUAGCGCACCGUUGUCAGAUUUGAGUCGUGUUUUUAGCAAGUUUGUAAACUGAAGCGUUCACCAUUAAACUAAAGUGCUGACACUAAUCUAAAUGUGCAUUCGCAUUUUGUUGGUACAAUGUCACUUUUUUGCCACAAUUUACAAAAAAUAAAAAAUAAAUAAAAAAUCCUAACGAAAUCGACUUAAGGCAUUCAACUUGUUUGUUUAAAUAGUAUUUUUUUUUUUUUCGCUCCACCCUGAGCAAGGCAAACACUUUUAAUUAAUGAGCCCAGCCAUUCUGAAACUGUAUUGAAGAAUAAGCAAGCUGGUUCUUGCUGUGGCCACAAAACUAUAAUGCAUUUUACAGAGGUCAUCUUCCAGGCCCCGCCCCCUUUCCUUCUUAUUGUUUUGUAUCAAAGAGCAACGUCGUGUCAGUGAUUGUCACGUUUUUAUCAAUAUCUCUGCCAUUUCUGUCUGUUUUAUGAUUUCUAAUUGUACCUGUAUUAAAUGUGUAAUAUAUGAAUAUAUACAAAUAUAUGAAAAUGAUGACUUUAAA